CCUUUGGCUUCACCUAUGCUACAAUGUGCUCCGUCCAUAUAUUCUUACGUCCAUGGAUAUACCUAUGGUCCAUACAGUGAAAUAUUCCGAUGAACAGUCAUUCUUGAUGCAUUUUUUAUCAUGCUUUUGACUACACGAAAAAUAAUUGAUAUAAACUAAUUAUAUAAAAAAUUAAGUUAUAUGUCUAGAAAAAGAUACUAAAAUACAUAUAAUUCUUGCAAAUAUGUGGGCAGAUACUAUUCUAAUUGUAUUUAUCAGCAUAUGCACAGCAUUGUUAGGUGAAGGAUUAACAUGGCUAAUGGUGUAUAGAACUGAAAAAUAUCAAAAAUUGAAGGCUGAAGUGGAAAAGCAGAGUAAGAAGUUGGAAAAGAGAAAAGAAGCCCAUGGUGAUUCUCUGGAUAAACAACAAAAGAAAAAGAUAGAGCGUGAAGAGGAAAGAUUAAAAAAUAAUAAUCGAGACUUGUCUCUUGUGAAAAUGAAAUCAAUGUUUGCAAUUGGAUUUGCCUUCACAGCGCUUUUAAGUAUGUUCAACAAUAUAUUUGAUGGACGAGUUGUUGCUAGAUUGCCAUUUGUCCCAAUCAGUUGGAUACAAGGCUUGUCACAUAGAAAUCUGUCAGGCGAUGAUUACACAGAAUGUUCAUUUAUAUUUUUGUAUAUAUUAUGUACUAUGAGUAUCAGACAGAACAUUCAGAAAAUGCUUGGCUUUGCACCAUCCAGAACUGCAAGCAAACAAAGUGGAGGUAUCUUUGGACCUCCCCCUCAACAAUUUAAAUAAAUUCAUAUUUGAAAAAUUA